GGAAAUGUCAAAAUUAUAAAAAAAAACUUUUCAGUCUUCGCCAUUUGUUUAUGUCAAUUUUACCAAAAAAAGAGAUUUUAACAAAUAAUAGAUUUAGUUGUGAACUCGGAUCAAAUUUUCUACUAACUUAGGUAGUGGUUAACAAAAUAUGCUCUGCACAGGAGCCACCAAUUAACUAUGAACGAAAUCGAAAUCGACCACCAUCUGGAAAAUGGAACAGUCGACGAAAAAGACGUAUCUUCGUCGUCUUCACCAAUAAACCAUCUAUCAGAUGGAGACGAUCUAGCCAGACCUAAGUCUCCGGACGAUGAAGACGAUGAUCCAGACGUGAAUGUGGAACUAGUGUCCAAUGACGAUGUGAUGACAUCUCUGUUGGCUCUAACAUCCCACUUUGCCCAGGUUCAGUUUCGUCUCCGGCAAAUUGUCGAUGCAUCGCCCGAAGACCGAGACAAAUUGUUGCAGAGCCUGGAAGAAUUCGCUUUUCGCGGAAUCAACAUACCAGACGUGACGAAAAUGGACUUCGGUGACAAUGCACAUCUGCAGGAAGCAAUGGAACAACAACGAAACAGGCAAUUCGAAUUGAUCGAACGAUUGAAGCAACAGUUGUCCGAUGUGGAGAAAUUUGCAUACGAAUCGGGUGCGAAAGUGUUGCCGCAAUCGAUGCUGGUUGAAAAGCAAAAGGUCAUCAUCGACGAGUUGAAGAACAAAGUCAAUUUCAAUGUGUUCGACGACGAUUUGCUACAAUUGACCAGCGAGGACCUGCGGAGCCAAGUGGACCAUGCGUUGGGCGAAUUCGUUGGGCCAGUGAAGAUGAAGGAUACGCUCGUUUGCCAAUUGAAGACACAGAUAACGGACCUGGAGCGAUUUGUGGCAUAUUUGCAGUGUGAAACACAGGACCUAAAACAAAUGACCAAAGAAAUGGCCGGAAUGAAGAAUCUGGAAAUGGCGUACACAUCAUACAAUACACAGACGGCGAAAAAUCGUCGCCGCACGAGAUCUGCUUCGUCUGGUCAGGAUGUCGAGCCGAAAGAGACUACAAGACUAAAAAAUUCGCAAAGUGCUCAUGAAACUCUGUCCAGCAAAGCUGCUACUGUUCUUGACAAAGCUGCAGCUCUGCUCAAUAUCUUCGCCGUAACUCAAUUCGGUUGCGGCAGUAACAGCUUCCAGAAAAAUUCACUUAAAAAAACGACCAAAGGAAAUCACUGGGGUGAUCUGCGCGCUCAAAUCGAAGUGGAUGUUCAGGAGAUAAUUUCUUUGGUCACCACCAUGCAGGCAACAUCCAACCAUCAUUCCAGCAACAAAAUUAUCGUACAUUCAAAGCAACCGACAGCCCAGGACAGUUCAAAUUCGAAUAGUGACUCGGAUGAUGGACCCAGAUAUGAUACGUCUGACGAUGAUGAUGCAGCGAAUGUGCUGCGCUUAGAACUGAUAGCAAUGGUGCGGAAAAAGUUUUCGGUAACGUUGCAGAAGCUAAUCGAGCACGGUUUACGCGAGGAUACGCCAACAUCUACCAGUUUGGUGCCAUUUAUCGGUUGUUUCUCCCAUCCGAAUCUACGGAAAUCGUCGCGUAGUUCCGGACGGUACCAUGACGAACCGGAUGGAGGCGGUGCAGGUCACUAUGGCUCAGACGAUGAGGAUCGUCCCAUGCAUGUGUGGGAAUUGAUACUGGAGUAUUACUACAUGAAGAACGGCGACAAAUUCAAUUCGACUCCGGCUAGAAAAUUGUCACAAAGUUUCAAUUUGGACAUUGCCGGUUCGGCAUCCGCUUCGAAUAAGCAAAGUCUGCUAAGCGCAAUCGGAACAAUAAUCAGCAUUCAUGCACCGUACAAACGUAGCUACGAUUCACAUUUCAAGGCUUUGGUGUCCAUGGGACUAAAUUGCCAAAAACUCUUUCAAUGGCUGAACCUGAUUUUCCAGUCACGCGAACUGGUCCAUCGAUACUACACUACCUGGAGCUAUAUUUAUGCUGGCUUUCGUGACGACGGCUUAAAAUGUGUCGACCGUUUGUCAUACUACAGAUUCAAUUUACCGAUAGACAUUGCUGUGCGUCAAUUCAAAAAUAUCAAGGACGUGUUCAUGUAAUGGUCAAACGAACGAAUAGUCAAAUUGGCGACUCGUUUUGCCGUUUGUGAAAGGUUAAUUUUAUCGGACAUCUAAUCGAAGUGAUCAACUCAAAAUGGAUCGAAGAACACACCUGAAGUUUGAAAACAGUUCAGGAGGGGUGACCAUUUGUUUGAUGAUUCUGACGAAUGGCUGUCGAUCAUCUCUGAGUGGAUUUCAAGAUUUCAGGUGUGAUGUCUCCGCUUUGGGGUGAUCUAUUCCAAUAUUUCCUAUUUUACUGUACCUCUAGAAUAUUUGUCCCAGUCUGUCCAUUUAAAAAACGACUGCUUGAACCAACCU